AAUUCAUUUUUUUCGGCCAAUUACACAUUGCUACGUGUUAAAAAUAAACACGGUUUUUACGUUAAUGAUACUAUCUAUUUAAUAACGGGAUUUGUUUUAAAAAUUUCAUUAUAAUUUAAGUAGCGAUAUGAUGUCAAACAAAUAUUUGUUUUUAUUUGGCUUAUUAACAAUUUCAAGUGUUACUAAUGGGUUUACUUCAAAGGAUGUGAAAUGCCACGUUUGCAAGGCUACAAUACAAGAAAUGGAAGAAGAAAUAGCAAAAGUUGAUCCAAACAAAAAAGCAGAUAUAAGUGGAUUUCGUUUAGAUGCCAGCGGAAACUCUGUUGGUAAAUCCGUUACUCUUGCCAAGUCUGAAAUGUACCUGACUGAACUUAUGGAAAAUAUAUGUGAUAAAAUGGAUGAUUAUGUUAAAGCAACAUAUAAAUCGAAUGGUAGAUUAACUGUUUUAAAAAUGAUUAUUGAUGGAAAAAUGAAUCCAGAAACUUCCAAUGUAGAUUUUGUGCAAGAUGGAGAUUUAAAUAAAAGUCUAAAACAUUUUUGCUUGGAGAUCCUAGAAGAUCAUGAAGAAAGUUUUAUUAAAGCAUUUCAAGCGGAUGUAGUUGGAACUGAUUUGGAUAUUAAAAUUUGCACUGAACAAGCUCGAUACUGUAAUGAUGCUCCUUUACAAGAUGACUAUCAGUUUGAUGAAGUUAGAGAAGAUUUGUGAUUUUUUAAAAAUUAUUUGGUGUACCUUACCAGUGUCCUUACAUAAUACAAUUUGUUUAAUAAUUAAACUAAUGUGCCUUAAAAAUUUUAUAAAUUGAAACAAAUACAUUUUUUACUUU